CUGGACUUUAAACGUCAACAUCUCGCAUAUAGCCAUUUCCCCCAGGAGCGGCAGGAAUGCAGGCAGGCGGCCACUAGGCUCAGAGGGUGGCAAUGGCAAGGUGCUCUUGGACAGUAUGGUUUCUUCUCUCUGCCCUUUUCCUUCAGACAGAGCAGACAGUGUUUAUAUCAGCUGACGAUGCAAACAACGUUAUGAAGAGGCAGAGGCGUGCCAGUUCCCUACUUUUGGAGGAGGUCCUCCAAGGCAGCUUGGAAAGGGAAUGCCUUGAAGAGAGAUGUACACAGGAAGAAGCAAGAGAAGUGUUUGAAAACGAUGAAAUGCUCAAAAUGUUUUGGGAUAUCUACUAUGGUGGCAGGAGGUGCUCAUCAAGCCCCUGCCAAAACAACGGUGUGUGCGAGGACAGCAUCCGUGGCUACACCUGCACCUGUGCCGAGGGCUACGAGGGAGAGAACUGUGCUUUCGCUAAAAAUGAAUGUCACCACCAAGCAAAGGAAGGAUGUCACCACUUCUGCUACCCGGGAAGUCAUUCCUACCGUUGCUCCUGCGCCGACGGCUAUGAGCUCGGGAAGGACAAAAAACAGUGCAUCGCCUUAGAUCAAUGUGCAUGUGGCAGACUUCAAGACAGCGAUAAUCUGAUAAGCCAAACCAGGAAGAAACGUGAUGACCGAUUUCCUUGGCAGGUCCUGCUGCUUAACUCGGAAGGGAAGGGCUUCUGUGGCGGAGUGCUGCUAAAAAGUAACUUCGUACUGACUACGGCAGAGUGCGCCCUUCUGCACAGCCAUUUUGAAGUCAGGGUUGGUGCCGGGCCUAAUGGAACAAGCGGAACCGAGAAGACAAUGCAAGUUAGUGAGACACACAUACACAUCCGGUAUGACGAAGACACUGCUGAGAACAACAUUGCGUUACUACAACUCCAAGAGCAUGUUGAGUGCAACAACCACCAGCUUCCUGUCUGCACCCCUGAAAGAGACUUUGCAGAACACAUUCUAAUUCCCAAAUUGGCUGGUACAGUCAGUGGCUGGAGAAUGGAAGGUGAUGAACUCCAAGGUGAUGAGUUGCAGGUUUCAUACCUUCCCGCUGAGGACUGCAAGCAAAUACUCAACGUAAGCCUCACAAACAGGCAGUUUUGUGGACACCUCCAGGAGGCCGUAAGCAAACGACUGGCUGGAGGAAGCUUUUUAGCUACCAAGUAUAAAGGCACUUGGUUUCUGACUGGUAUCCUGGGAUCUUGGCCACUAGAAGACACUGACUGGGACACAUUUCUGUUCACGAACACUGCGAGGUAUAUGAUAUGGUUGAAACAAAAAAUGAACUAACACAAACACAACCAACCCUCCAGCACCAAACCCCCUGCCAAUCACUGCAAGGAAACAUUUGGAUGCAGCCAGUACACCCAUUUGACUCUCUUAUCACGAUUUGCAGCGAGGAAGUUGCAAUGAUGAUACGUGUAUAACUCCGAUUCAUACACAAAAGACUCUUUGUCUUUCCUUCUUCUGCAGACACACAGUACUGCAAAAGUCACGAUGCGGUAAACCUAGUUAUUUUACUAAAAACUGACUGAAGUUUCCAAGAACUUUUCAUCCUAAAACUCAAAAGGCAUUGAUGUUUUUCUGGUAUUUUAAAUGUCACUAGAAGGAAAUCAGUCUUUUAAAUUCUUGUUACCCUGAGGUUUGAUUCAGCAAAUUCAUAUUCUUAUUUCAGCAUCCAUAAAAGCUAAACUUAGGAAAACCA